UCUCUGACAACUGCCUCCAGUUCAUGACUCCAUUAGUUGGGACUGUGUAAUCUUUUCCACACUUCCGUGCCUGAAGGCAAAGCUCUAGGGAGCAACACCUGGUCGGUGGCUGCCUGUGGUUCAGUGUGCAAGUGGAGGUGAGCACCUCCCGUGGGAGCAGACCCAUGUGGUAGCAGGACAGAAUGAGUCUUGGAUUGUUUUCAGGAUAUGAACAUUUUUGAUUUUAAGGAGGCUGUGAGGGCUGCUGAAGAUGUCCGAUAGUCUGGAUAUUGAAGAGAAACCUCCAGCCCCACCGUUGAGAAUGAACAGCAACAACCGCGAUUCUUCAGCACUGAACCACAGCUCAAAACCGCUUCCCAUGGCCCCCGAGGAGAAGAACAAGAAAGCCAGGCUGCGCUCCAUCUUUCCAGGAGGAGGGGAUAAAACCAACAAGAAGAAAGAAAAAGAACGUCCUGAGAUCUCUCUUCCUUCAGACUUUGAACAUACCAUUCAUGUGGGAUUUGAUGCCGUCACUGGAGAAUUCACAGGCAUUCCAGAGCAGUGGGCCAGGCUACUACAGACCUCCAACAUAACAAAACUGGAGCAGAAGAAGAACCCACAGGCUGUUCUAGAUGUUCUCAAAUUUUAUGAUUCCAAAGAAACAGUUAACAACCAGAAAUACAUGAGCUUUACGUCAGGAGAUAAAAGCGCCCAUGGAUACAUAGAAGCCCAUCCUUCGAGCACAAAAACAGCAUCAGAACCUCCUCUAGCUCCCUCUGUGUCUGAAGAAGAGGAUGAAGAUGAUGAAGAGGAAGAAGAUGACAAUGAACCUCCACCUGUUAUCGCCCCACGGCCUGAACAUACAAAAUCAAUCUACACACGCUCUGUCAUUGAACCUGCCGCUGCACCAGCACCAGCUAAAGAAGCCACCACUCCCCAACCUGAAAACUCAAACACAAACACUCUGUACAGAAACACAGACCGGCAGCGGAAAAAAUCCAAGAUGACAGAUGAGGAGAUCCUAGAGAAACUGAGGAGCAUUGUGAGCGUGGGAGAUCCUAAGAAGAAGUAUACUCGAUUCGAAAAAAUUGGCCAAGGGGCUUCAGGAACUGUUUAUACGGCCAUUGACAUCGCCACAGGACAAGAGGUGGCCAUAAAGCAAAUGAAUCUCCAACAGCAGCCCAAAAAGGAACUAAUUAUCAAUGAAAUCCUGGUCAUGAGGGAAAAUAAGAAUCCUAAUAUUGUUAACUACUUAGACAGCUACCUUGUGGGUGAUGAGCUGUGGGUGGUGAUGGAGUACUUGGCUGGAGGCUCUUUGACUGACGUUGUCACCGAGACGUGUAUGGAUGAAGGACAGAUAGCUGCUGUCUGUCGGGAGUGCCUGCAAGCCCUGGAUUUCCUUCAUUCCAACCAAGUGAUUCACAGAGACAUCAAAAGUGACAAUAUUCUUCUUGGGAUGGAUGGAUCUGUCAAAUUGACUGAUUUUGGCUUCUGUGCUCAGAUCACCCCAGAGCAGAGUAAACGGAGCACAAUGGUGGGGACUCCUUACUGGAUGGCACCAGAAGUUGUAACAAGAAAAGCAUACGGCCCCAAGGUGGACAUCUGGUCACUUGGGAUCAUGGCAAUAGAAAUGGUGGAAGGAGAACCUCCCUACCUUAAUGAAAAUCCUCUCAGGGCGCUGUAUCUGAUAGCCACAAACGGGACACCGGAGCUGCAGAACCCUGAGCGACUCUCUGCUGUGUUUCGAGACUUUCUCAACUGCUGCCUGGAGAUGGAUGUGGACAGGCGAGGGUCUGCCAAGGAGCUUCUGCAGCAUCCAUUUUUAAAAUUAGCCAAGCCCCUCUCCAGCCUCACUCCUCUGAUCAUUGCAGCAAAGGAAGCGAUUAAGAACAGCAGCCGCUAGCACUUCAGGUCGGCUUUCUGCCCUGCCAGCUCAGAGCAGGACUGAGAACACAGACUCUGUAAAACCUCAACUCUCGUGCUGCGGGACAGAUGGAUGGAUGAACAAACCAACGGUCACAGUCAUGGUGGUAGGACCACCCCAGUUCCUCAAGGAGUAAAAAAUUAUCAUUUGUCUUC